AUGACAAGGGAACCCAUACUUGCCUUGCCGGAUUUUGGAAAGCCUUAUGAGGUACGCACGGAUGCAUCAGAUUAUGUUAUUGGGGAAGUACUGAUGCAAGAUGGGCAGCCAAUUGCUUUCGAGAGUCGAAAGCUUAAUGAGACGGAGCGUAGUUAUACGGUCCAAGAGAAAGAGAUGACUGUCGUAGUUGAGUUAAAGACUCCAGCAGGUUUGCUUCAACCCUUGCCAGUUCCGGAAAGGCCAUGGGAGAGUUUGUCCAUGGAUUUCAUUAUUGGUUUACCUAAGUCUGAAAGUUUUGGGAGUAUUCUUGUUGUGGUGGACAGGUUUUCAAAGUAUGCGACAUUUAUUUCGGUGACCAAUGAGUGCCCUGCUGAGGAAGCAGCUCGGUUGUUUCUUAGACACGUGCGAAGUGGGGCCACGAAUCAAAGUCCAUUUGAAAUAGUGACGGGUCAACAGCCACUCACACCCAACGCUGUUGUGACCCAUUGUACAAGACCAAAUCCGGCAGCCUAUCGAUUCGCAAAAUAUUGGCAAGAGAAGAAUGACUUGGCUAGAGCUUGUUUACACAAGGCAAAUAAGUGUAGCAAGAAGUGGGCUGGUAAAAAACGAAUGGAUGUGCAAUUUCAAGUGGGUGACUCAGUCCUCGCUAAACUACACUUGAUUUUGCGAUAUACUGGCUUGCACAAGGGUCUUGUGCGAAGGUAUGAGGGGCCAUUCAAAGUUGUGAAGAGAGUAGGUAAGGUGGCCUACAAGCUUGAGCUGCCAGCAAAACUUAAAGUCUACCCGGCUUUCCAUAUAAGCAUGCUUAAGCCAUUUCAUGGGGAUCAAGAGGAUCCGAAUUGA